UUUAUAAAUUAGAUAAGUAAAUUAAAAUAAUUAUUUUUAAUAACAGGAUAGAGUACUACGAAGUUGUUCAAAUCAUAUGUUUAUUUACCUUAAGACUUCCUGAUGCAGAAGUCUAUUUAUCAAAACUAGUAAAUUUUACUAUGUGCAUGCGCAAUGGUAUUAACUUCCUCUCCUCAUAAUGCCUCUCCACUUAGAUAACAAAUCAAAGAAAUACAAAACUCAUUUCUUUUCUAGUGGAGAAAUUCAAUGAAUCCCGCAGUGCGCUGAUACACCGACCCAGCUGCCGCCAGACCCACCGGACUCAUCAUCCAACACGGAAGAAGACACUCCUCAAGUUGUCAAAGAACAAAGGGAACACUCUUUCAAAGAAGCCCUGCUGAACAAGAACCCAGAUCUCAACUGGGAAUACAACCAAUUAAACAAUAAGGAUAAAGGAACAAUGGCAUGCUUGAACUCUGAGGCAAUUCCCCUUUCAUGGGAAGAUAAGAUGAGGAUCUACCAGCCAUGGGAAUCGUCACUUAUAGUCAAGAUGUAUGGUAAGAAACUUACCUACAGCUACCUGAAAAACAAUCUUGUGGGUUUGUGGAAACCCACUGAGCCUCUAACACUAAUCGACCUAGGAUGGGAUUACUACAUUGCCAAAUUCAACAAGCAUGAAAACACGGAUAAAGUUCUCCAAAAGGGGUCUUGGUUUGUCACAGAAAGCUUCCUCACAAUCAAGAAAUGGAAACCAAACUUUGCCCCGGAAGAACCCCCCACCCCCCCACUCACACGACAAUUUGGGUACGAUUGCCACAACUAGCUAUAGAAUUCUACGAUAGAAUUAUACCAGAGAAGAUUGGAAUGAAAUUGGGAAAGCUUCUAAAAAUAGACACUUGCACCUUAGCUACUCUCCCGGGUAGAUAUGCAAGACUUUGCAUUCAAGUCCCACUAGAGGUGCCUGUUAAAACACAAGUCACAAUCGGCAAUCACCAACAAAAAAUCAUCUAUGAAAGAGAGGGGAUUUUGUGCACUGUUUGUGGAAGAAUUGGGCAUACCCCAAAAAAUUGUCCCUUCUUACCAAAAAAUACUCCAACUGAGGAACCAUCCACAUCCAACGAAAUCAAAGAGCCACCAUCAAAUGACUGGCAAGUUGUAACAUUCCCAAGAAGGAAAUCUCCCAAGGCAAAUCAAUUAAUUGGAAGAGGAAUACAACCCGAACUCCGUCUCCUGGGGCAGAACCAGGUAAAUCUCCAAAGCACAGGCAAAGAAGUGCUACAAUAAUGUACAGAGAAUGCUGCUCAGCAACUAUAUUAUGUGCCUAGCAUGAUACAAGUAUUGUCUAACACUAUUCCAAGUUUUUACUUUAAAAAGUUUUUACUAUCCUUCCACUCGAGGCACUAUGUUGAAGUAGCUUUUACUUUAAAAAAGUUGUGAUUGCUGCACAAAUGACAUUCUCACCAAGCUAUUAGGCUAUUGGACACAUGGGAAAACUGUGAAUACCUCUAAUGUACGUUCUCGAAGUACGAAGUAAAAUUCAAGUAACUCUACCUUCUCUCUGGAAUUCUUCUUCCUCUUCUUCUCUAAAUUGGGCUCUUUGGCUUUGGAGUCAUAGCAGAAGGACUUCAUGAGAAGCCAGGUGAUCAUUCCAAUAGGCAAAAAGUAUAACAUCUUCCAUGUUUGCGGACUUACCACCAGCAUGUUGUGCAAAUAACUCCAGGUGAAUCUGUUGCACGUUAAUAGCAUCAUCUAAAUGAAGACCUUCCGAUCGAAUUCACGUACUCCAUCUUACAUGGUAUCACCAACUUGACCGGAGAUGAAAGUUGUAAGACAACUGUGUGCGAACUCUUGACUCUUGAGGUUUUAUAGUAAUUCAAGACUUUGAUCAUUUAUAUUUUUUGAUACAUUUAAAAUCAUAUAUAUGGUAAAAUUUUAAAUGUUCUAA